UGAUGUAAAACUCAGUGAGAAACUUUUGGAAGAUCCCUGAGAUUUUUUAAGGAACAAAAUAAAAAGAAAACAACAAAUAAAUAAGAGAUUGCACUGGAGUUGAACCUUUGGGAAUUAACAGAAGAAUACAGAGAUCCCCUCAGAUCCUGACUGAGUAUCCAGGUCUGUUUGAAAACGUUUCGUUCUGAUUAACCCUUGUUACUGUGAUCUGAGUAGUAACAGAAUUUAUGCAUCACGGCAAACGUGGAGAAAAUAUUGGGAUAAUUUAUAAAAUCUCUAGACUCACCAGCAGCGCGGAAGUAACCCAUCUAACGGAUUAGAAAAACAACCUCUGCCUAGCCUUCAAAAACCUGCUGGAUUAAAUCUUCAGUUCCUGAUGCUUAUUUGAAGAGGACGUUAGCAGAGAUGUGAAAUGUAGGUGGAUGAAUCAGACAGUUGAGGGUAUACCUGGAUGGCCACCCUGAUUCUCUGUGCUCCUCAGUUUUGCAGAAUGUUUCUCCGCAUACUUCUUCUGGCUCUUGUGACUGGACGCUUGAAAUCAGAAAUUAUUCCUGCAAUGUGUCGUUAUGCUCUGGGGAUGCACGACCGGACCAUAAGAGAUGAAGAUAUCACUGCGUCCAGUCAGUGGUACGAAUCUACAGGACCCCAGUACGCAAGAUUGCAUAGGGAGGAAGGUGAUGGAGCUUGGUGCCCAGCUGGACUCCUACAGCCGGAAGAUGUGCAGUUCCUGCAAAUAGAUCUACACAAACUAUAUUUCAUUACACUGAUUGGUACGCAAGGACGCCAUGCCCGGGCUACCGGCAAGGAGUUUGCCAGAUCCUACCGUGUGGACUACAGCCGCAAUGGGGAGCGAUGGCUUUCCUGGAAAGAUCAUCAGGGCCAGCAGGUGAUCAACGGCAAUGUAGAUGAGUAUAACGUAGUCCUUACAGACCUUCGACCACCAAUAAUUGCUCGUUACAUUAGAGUUAUACCAGUCACCAAGGUGCCCAUGACAGUUUGCAUGAGAGUAGAGAUUUACGGCUGUGCCUGGUUUGAUGGUCUGACCUCAUACAGUGUUCCAGAAGGAGAGAUCUUUGUGUCGCCUGGCUAUCCAAUUGCAUACUUGAAUGAUUCCACUUAUGAUGGAUACCUGGAAAAAAGGCGUCUAUUUGGUGGUCUGGGUCAGCUGACAGAUGGUGUGCAGGGAUUGGAUGAUUUCUCUCGUAGUCAUCAAUACCGUGUCUGGCCUGGCUAUGACUAUGUUGGAUGGAGGAAUGAAAGCACAAGCAGCGGAUAUGUAGAGAUUGAGUUCCACUUUGAUAGACUUCGAAACUUUACUUCUAUGAAGGCGCAUUGCAACAAUAUGUUUUCAAGGGGAGUGAAAAUUUUCCAGAAAGCGGAGUGUCUCUUUAAAUCACGUCUUCUGGCCGACUGGGAACCAGAACCUGUUGGUUUUGUGACAGUGCUGGAUGAUAAAAAUCCCAGUGCCAGGUUUGUCACCAUCCCCCUAGAACAGCGAGUGGGUAGCGCCAUCUUGUGCCGGUUCUACUUUGCUGAUACGUGGCUGAUGAUCAGCGAGAUUUCAUUCCUGUCAGAUAUGGAUAUUGCAAUGCCCUCCUUUGCCACUCAACUAACUACUGUCGCUCCCCGUGAAACCACUGAGGCUCACUUGUCAAACACUACUGAACUUAGAACUGAAGCCACUUUUCCGUUUACUCUCAGCCGACCUGUAGAUGUACCUGAUGAAUCAAGGACAUCUGUGCUAAUUGGAUGCCUGGUGGCCAUUAUACUCCUGCUGGUGGCCAUCAUUGUUCUCAUUCUAUGGAAGCAGUAUAUACAAAAAAGGUUGGAAAAGGCCCCACGGCGUAUCUUAGAGGAGGAUGCAACUGUACGCCUCUCUUUUUACAGUUAUACAAUUGGUACCAGCAACCAGACACAAAUCCACCAGUCCAAUCCCACCUAUGAGAGGAUAUUUCCUCUGGAUCUAGAUUAUCAGCAGCCUACAAAACCACUGCGCAAACUUCCUGAGCUCUCCCAGAGUGCUGAGGAUUCAGCAUGUAGUGGAGAUUAUGCAGAACCAGAUUUGACCAAGUCUACACCACAUCAGGGAUUCCAAAACAGUGUCCCCCAUUAUGCUGAGACAGACAUUGUAAACUUACAGGGAGUGACUGGCAACAACAUGUAUGCUGUACCCGCUCUAACAGUGGAUUCUCUAACCAAGAAGGAGAUUAGUGUUGGGGAGUUCCCACGGAACCAACUGCGACUGAAGGAAAAACUUGGAGAAGGACAAUUUGGAGAGGUUCACCUGUGUGAGGCGGAGGGUCUUCAGGAAUUCUUGGCCUUAUCCUCCAAUGAGUUCAGUGACCAGCCAGAUUUAGUUGCUGUGAAGAUGCUGAGGGCAAAUGUGACUAAAACAGCCAGAAAUGACUUCUUGAAAGAGAUAAAAAUCAUCUCCAGGCUGAAACAUCCCAACAUCAUCCGCUUGUUGGGUGUCUGUGUCCGGGAUGAUCCAUUGUGCAUGAUCACAGAGUAUAUGGAGAAUGGAGAUCUUAAUCAAUUCCUGUCUCAGAGAGAGAUCCGUAGUCAAUUUACUAUUGCCAAUAAUAUCCCAUCUGUCAGCCUGAAGAAUCUCCUGUAUAUGAGCAUGCAGAUUACUUCAGGGAUGUCCUACCUGGCGUCUCUAAAUUUUGUACACAGAGAUUUGGCAACACGAAACUGCCUUGUGGGUAACAGUUACACCAUCAAGAUUGCUGACUUCGGGAUGAGCCGUAAUUUGUACAGCGGUGACUAUUACAGAAUACAGGGAAGAGCCGUACUACCUAUACGCUGGAUGGCUUGGGAGAGUAUUUUAUUGGGAAAGUUCACCACCUCCAGUGAUGUAUGGGCAUUUGGUGUCACUCUGUGGGAGAUAUUCACUCUGUGUAAGGAACAACCCUAUAGUCUGCUAUCUGAUGAGCAGGUGAUUGAGAACACAGGGGAGUUCUUCAGGGACCAAGGACGACAGAUCUAUCUCUCACAGACACCUCUCUGUCCAAACCUGAUCUUCGAGUUGAUGAUGAAAUGUUGGAGCAGAGACAUAAAGGACCGACCUCCCUUUGAGAUGAUUCAUCAUUUCGUGAUAGAGCAACUGGAUUCUAUAGUGUAAAUUUAAAAUGGACAAAUUUCAAUCAAAUUGGGCUACAAAUAUGGACCAGCCAGAAAAGUUAGGUUCUUGAGCUAUACUGGAUACAGAUUUAGUUUUCUAGAUGUAGAGACGGAAGGACCAAAAGACAAUUUUCUCCUGUGAUGCUCAUAGACUUUUCAGGAUCUCUGAAGGUCUUUGGUUUCAGCCUCCUCUAGGUUAUAGGACUGAUCCUAAGUGGGGAGAUUUGAAACCGCACCUCUGUAAAGUGGAGAAACCACUUCUACUUUGAGGACUGGAAGGAUGAUGCAAGAAAAAAGUCAAUAUCCCACUGAAAAUAUACCACUACAUUUUGUGUAGUAUGUGUGUGUGUAUGUAUGUGUGUGUUUAUAUACAGUAUA